UCACUAGCUGCCCUGCCUCCUCCGGUGAACGAAACUUAAGCUCACCCCAUCCCAACUCCACUCACAUGACCUUCUCCUCAUCUCCAUCCUCUACCUCCACUCUUCUUCCACGUUGAUGCGCUCUCACUUCCCAGAUCCAUCCGUCUCUCCGGCGAUCGGUCUUGCGGCAUCGAGAUGAGGGUGCUGGUGCUCGUGUGGGUUGGCACGGUGGUGCUGUGGGUGGCGGCGGUGGCUGCGGAGGACGACGUGCGGUGCCUCCGUGGGGUCAAGGCGGCGCUCGACGGCGACGGCCAUCUGAGCUGGAACUUCUCCAAUGGUACGGUAGGGUUCGUUUGUAGCUUCCUGGGAAUUUCUUGCUGGAAUCCGCAGGAGAACCGCGUGCUAGGGCUCAACUUCCAGGGAAUGUCCCUUGCCGGCUCCAUCCCCGCUGAUCUGAGGUAUUGUGCUGCAGCCACCGUCCUCGAUCUAUCGUCUAACGGUAUCUCCGGCGAGAUUCCAGCCGAGUUAUGCUCCUGGUUACCUUAUCUGGUGACGCUCGAUCUGUCGAACAACCAGCUCGCUGGCGCUAUCCCGCCUGAUCUCUCCGGCUGCCGAUUCCUGAAUACCCUCCUCCUAUCUGGAAAUCGCCUGGAUGGUGCUAUCCCGUCUUCCCUUGCACAGCUUGAUCGCCUCACCCGCUUAGAUCUGUCCGGAAACCGGCUCUCCGGCCCUAUUCCGGCGCCGCUCGGACAGAAGUUUGAUUCCUCCGCUUUCGAUGAAAAUGAUGGCCUCUGCGGCCGCCCCGUCUCCUCCCGUUGCGGCAGAUCUCUGACUCAGAGCAGUCUAAUCAUCAUCAUUGCUGCGGGUGUCUUCGGUGCCGUCGCCUCGCUCGCCCUAGCCUACUUGAUCUGGCGAUGCUGGUCGCCGGCUGGUAAGUGGGCUGGUCCUGGGCAAGGCGUGGAGGACGGUAGGUGGUGGGCAGAGCGGCUGCGUUCGGCGCACAACCGCCUCGUGCCCGUAUCGCUGUUCCAGAAGCCGCUUGUGAAGGUGAAGCUAGCGGAUCUGAUGGCCGCCACCUCUGACUUCCAUCCCCCCAACAUAAUUGUCGCCGGGAGCCCGCGGAUGGGGACGUCGUACAAGGCGGUCCUGCCAGACGGAUCCGCGCUCACAGUGAAGCGGCUCCAUUCUUGUCCGUUGCCGGAGAAGCAGUUCCGAGCGGAGAUGGGAAGGAUCGGGCAGCUCCGGCACCCCAACUUGGUUCCCCUCCUCGGCUUCUGCAUCGUUGAGGAUGAGCGGCUUCUCGUGUACAAGCACAUGCCCAACGGCGCCCUCUCCACUGUUCUUGAAUCUUCUGACGACGCUCUUGAUUGGCCAACCAGGGUCAGGAUUGCGAUCGGCGCCGCUCGUGGUCUUGCUUGGCUCCACCAUGGUUUCCAGAUCCCAUUCCUCCACCAGAACUUGAGCUUGAAGGCCAUCCUCCUGGACGAGGACUACGACGCAAGGAUCAUAGAUUUUGGGUUCACAAAACUCAUGAGGGCGUCGAGUGGGAAUGGGAAUGACACAAGUCCAUUCCUGAAUGGAGAUUUCGGGGAGUUUGGAUAUAUUGCUCCAGAAUUCGCUACCAACUCCGAUCCGACCACCAAAAUUGAUGUGUAUGCAUUUGGAAUCAUCCUGUUAGAGCUUCUCACAGGGCAGAGGGCGACUGAGAUCAGCAGUGACACCGCAGGCGAAGGGUUUAAGGGUAGUUUGGUGGAUUGGGUGAAUCGGCUUACUGUCACUGGCCGAACUCAGGAGACUAUUGAUACAUCCCUUCAGGGGAAGGGCAAGGAUGAUGAGAUUAUGCAGGUAUUGAGGAUUGCUUCUGGCUGUGUGGUUGCCUGCCCAAAGGACAGGCCUUCCAUGUACAGUGUCUAUCAAAAGUUGAAGAAAAUUGGAGAAACAUAUGAUCAUUCAGAGCAUGUCGAUGAAUUUCCGCUUGUUUAUGGGAAGGAUGAAUUGGAGAAUCCUUAAUUUUAUGCAUAAGUUUAGGAGAUGGAUAUUGGCUUUUUGUUGGAUGAUUUUCAUGGACUUACCAUCCAAAUCUUCAUCUGCAAGAUGGUACAGCUGCAGGCUGCAGCUGGGUGGUAGGUUCUCCUGAAGUCCCUAUAAAUUUUAUCCAUUUGCAAACUAGUUGUUGUGUGAUCAAGAAUUAAUAUGCUCCUUAUCCUUUUACUAUCCCCCUUAGUUGUUGCACAUUACUUGUUGGGUAUCUUCUUUCCAAUUAUCAAGCUCUGUACUAGAUAUUUAAUAUCUUACCUUAUCUGUUGUUAAUCUAUUUUUCCCACGUUAUUAUAA